CGAGUGGGAAAGGCAGUCUCAGCAAGAUGGCCGGUCGCGCGACGUCGGCCCUCUGCUACCUCGCGUUGACGCUCCAUCUGGUUCUCCCGACCGAGUGCAAUUACGGCGUGAGAUACGGUGACGGCGCGAAGCGACUGCACGUCGCGGAGGAGAGCGGGUCGCGGCACGGGAAGCCGCUCGUCGUCGGCAGGCGGGAUGCGGCGGCCGGCGCGCCGAAUCGCGGCGACGGGGAAACGUCAUUCGAGCGCGUCCGCAGGGACGUACCGCCGGACCCGCAUCCGCACCCGAACAACAACCCGAACAUCACGACGAAGGUCAACGCUCUGAAUGAUUCGCAUCAACAAUUAAUGGUGCACUGGGUCGGGGAGGGCUCCAACGUGAUAAUAUGCCUGGCGAGGGACAGUUCGCCAGUGGUGCGCUUCCAGGGAGGUAGAUUUUCUUCCCCGACCCAUCCUAGUGCGGUGUAUAUAAGUUACGAUUAUGGUGAUACGUUCGAAAAUAAAACUGAACUAUUCAAGAUCUUGCCCUACAUGUCCAAUCUCGAGUAUGCAGUCGUGGACAAAUUCACCAAUCAUCCGAAAUACUCACAGCACUGCGUUUUUAUGGACAGCUUGAACAACGUGAUCUUCACAACGAUGAAUAAUGGCAAAACCAUCCAAAGAAUUUUGUUACCGUUCCAUCCAAGUGAGGUCUCAUUUUAUGAGCUAGAUCCACGAGUGCUCAUCGCGCUGGACAAAGUCGAUCAGAUGCGAAAGUUAUGGAUGUCGAUUGAUCACGGAAAAUUAUGGGUGCCGAUUCAUCAAUACGUGAAAGCGUUCUUUUGGUCCCCCCAGCGUGUCUUGUAUGUGGAACGCACCGAGUCAGACGGCGUGGGAAACACAGUGUUGAGGUUGGAUUUGCGAAAUUGGCCUUGGUUUCAGCGAGCGAAUAAUUCGUUACGUACAAGAUGGUCCAUACGAAAGGAGUUUACUACUGUUAUCGAAAACGUCGAAGAUUUCCAGAUCAGGGGUGAUUACAUGUUCGCCACUAUGAAAAAUUCAAAGAACGGUACAUCCGAGCAUCUGGAUCUUCACGUCUCCUAUAAGAAUCAGUCGUUUGUCGUGGCGCACUUUAAUACGGAGCUGGACUGCAGGGAUUAUCAUGUUGUGGAUGUAUCGUCUAAUCGAGUGUUUAUCGCGGUGUCGCAUAGCGAGACUAUGGUCAAUCUUUACGUAUCAGAAGUGAUAGAUCACGAGAAAGCUAUUUUCACGUUAUCGUUAGAAAGCAUACUCACGUUCUUCCCCAACAGCACCUGGAAAGACACGUGGCUGAACGAUGUGGCAGACGAGGCAUUCACGGAUCUGUACAAAGUCGAGGGUCUUCGAGGCAUCUACAUAGCAUCGCGAGUAAAGAGUACAUCGAAAUCGGGCACGAUCGGACCGGAGCACCUGGAGUCUCUCAUCACUUUCGAUCACGGCGUCACCUGGAACAGCAUCAAGGCGCCCACUGCUAAUCAUGAAGGUUUCUACAUUCAUUGCGGGAAGGACUGCUCGCUGCAUCUGAGUCAGCGAUUCAGUCAGCUAUAUCCGGUAACGAGAUCCGUCACGAUCAUGAGCUCCAAGUCGGCACCCGGUAUAAUAAUGGCCACCGGCGUGAUCGGGACGAGUUUGAAGGGCCAUCCGGCGCUUUACGUGUCGCGGGACGCCGGUCUCACGUGGAAGCAAGUGCUGAAGGACUACUAUUUCUUCAAUAUGGGUGAUCACGGUGGUCUGCUGGUAGCGGUCAAGUAUUUCAAGUCCCGUGGCGAGACUCGGGACAUCUCGUAUUCGACCGACGAGGGCGAAACGUGGCAAACGUACGAGUUCAACGAGAAAAUGCUGCGAGUUUACGGUCUUAUGACGGAGCCUGGUGAAAAUACAACAGUGUUCACCAUGUUCGGCUCGGACAGCGGGCAGCACCAAUGGCUCAUUAUUAAGGUCAAUCUGCGAAAUGUGUUCGAGAGGGAAUGCACCAAGGAUGACUACAAGUUCUGGUCGCCGACCAGUACUGAGCAGCCGGUCAUGUCCUGCGUGCUGGGCCGCAGGGAGACGUACCAGAGACGUGCAGCGCGCACCAACUGCUACCAGGGUAUCGAUUACGAUCGGCCGAUGAAGCUGGAGAUAUGUCCUUGUGACGCGAACGAUUACCAGUGCGAUUACGGCUUCAUGCGCGUUGGUAAUCCGUACCAUUGCAUUCGCAACAAAUCCGUUGCCGAUUACGAUCCUUACGCGGUACCAAGCACGUGCCCCGCCGGCGAGUUCUACAAUCGCACCAAGGGUUACGUGAAGAUAUCUGAUGACGAGUGUACCGGUGGUCUGGCGAGGAACUUCGAGCCCGACAAGAUCCCGUGCCCGAUGAACGAGAGACCGGAGUUUCUAUUGGUCGCCCAGCGCGAGCACAUUACGCGAUUCGACCUGGUGGAGGAGAAGAUGGAGAUGCUGCCGGUGCAUGAUCUGAAGAAUGUCAUCGCGAUUGAAUUUGACAUGGCGAACAAUUGUCUGUACUGGGCAGACAUCGUCAAUGACACGAUCGGCAGGCAGUGCCUGCAGGACGGAACUAGCUCGCCCGAGAUCCUUGUCGAGACUGACCUGAGCUCCAUCGAGGGUAUGGCUUUCGAUUGGGUGUCGAAGGUGCUCUACUUCGUGGACGGCGUAAAAAUGAGGAUACAGAUCAUCCGCACGGAUGUGUCCAGUAUGGGCAGAAUGCGCAGGACGAUUUUGGGACCGAACAAUUUGCAGAAGCCGCGAGGCAUCGCGGUCCAUCCCAUGAACGGCUACAUGUUCUGGACUGAUUGGGCUCCGGGUAAUGCAUCGAUAUCGCGCGCCGACUUAGAUGGCACGAACGUGAAACGCCUGUUUAUCAAGCCCACCGUCGAGUGGCCGAACGGAAUAACUAUCGACCACAUCGCCGAGCGCAUUUACUGGGUGGACGCGCGGGCGGAUUACAUCGCCUCGUCCGAUUUCGAGGGCAAGCGAUUCAAGAAGAUCAUCGCGAACGACGUGCGCGUCUCGCAUCCGUUCGCGGUCGCUGUGUUUAAGGACAACUUGUACUGGGACGACUGGAAACAGUCCAUGAUAUUCGUUGCCAAUAAGGACCACGGGGUCGGCAUAACCACGAUAGUCGGCUUUCAAAUCGCCGGGCUGAUGGAUCUUAAGAUCUAUGCACACAGCAUGCAGGUCGGUACUAACGCGUGCGCAAAUCAUACGUGCUCGCACAUUUGCCUGGGCGCACCAAACAACAGCCACGUGUGCCUCUGUCCGGAUGGAAUGGUGAUGACGGACGGUAAGUGCAUGUGCCCGGGUGGCAUCACGCCAUACCCUAAUUCGACGUGCCCGCGCAUCGCCAGCACUUGCUCGUCCAACCAGUUUGCCUGCAACAACGGCGUCUGCAUACCGGAAUUCUGGAAAUGCGACGGUGACAACGACUGCGGCGAUAGCUCCGACGAGGCCAACUGCAACCGCGCCACCUGCAGCCCGAACAACUUCGAGUGCGACGGUAACAAGUGCAUACCCAAGUACUGGGUAUGCGACUUGGACCGCGACUGCAAAGACGGCAAGGACGAGAUGAAUUGUACGUACACCAACUGCACGGAGACGCAAUUCAAGUGCGACAACGGACGCUGCAUCUCGCAUCGCUGGCGGUGCGAUGGUGAGGACGACUGCCGGGACGGCUCGGACGAACGUAACUGCACCAGGAACGUCCAGCCAAGCACGUGCCGUUCCGACGAGGUCCUCUGCAAGGCCGACAACUCGUGCAUACCAGCCGCGUGGAAAUGCGACAGCGAGCCGGAUUGCGAAGACGGAGCGGACGAGUCCGAGUGCAACAGCAUGGUGUGCGAGCCUUGGCAGUUCACGUGCAACAACACGGGGGAGCAGAAGGAAACCGGGCACCGAUGCAUAUACAAAUCCUGGGCAUGCGAUGGUGACAGGGACUGCGCCGACGGUUCUGACGAGUUGAAUUGCAACACUACCAUAGUACCGCAGCCGCCGCCGUAUUCUCCACUUCUGCCGACCAACUCGUGCAACGAUUGGAUGUUCAUGUGCAACAACAAGAAGUGUGUGCCGUACUGGUGGAAGUGCGACAGCGUGGACGACUGCGGUGACGAUUCUGACGAGAUCGGCUGUGGCACUGGCGCAGAUGUCACUCUGGAACCAACGUCACCGGGCCACACGACUGAACAACCGCGACUUUGUCGCGAGCACCAGUUCCAAUGUUACAACGGUGAUUGUAUCGAGAAUGCGUGGGUGUGCGACGGCUCCAACGACUGUCCGACCGGCGAGGAUGAGCUGCAGCACUGCGAUAAGAUACACACGCCGUGCCGCGAGAACGAUCAGUUCAUGUGCCGACAGGACGGCUCGUGCGUGCCGCUAUUGAACAUUUGCAACGGUAUCGAGGAGUGUCCAGACGGCAGCGACGAGCUCGGCUGCCACACGGAACAUGAAGUCAGUCCAGCCGCCACUCCAUCCUGCUACGCUGGCAUGUUCCCGUGCGACGAGACGCGCUGCUUCCCGCUCGCCUCCUACUGCGACGGCAAUAGAGACUGCUUCGACGGAUUCGACGAACUCAACUGCGAAAAGAACAACACGCGCGUGUACCAAGUACUGGUAAUGGGAGUAGACGAGCGCUCCAUUAACGACAGCAGUCUAUUCCUCUUCUGGUGGAUGCCGAUACCGUCCAACGUGACCUUCGAGUUCCUACCCUCCAUUGCGCGUACGAUACCUGGCGCCAAGUGGACCAACGCCAGCGAAUGGAUCGAGGACACCGAGUAUCAGUUCAAUAAUCUCGAACCGUACACACGGUACAACCUGACGGUGUACGUGAAGCUGAAGGGACAGCCUACCGUGUUCCCGCCAGCCAAGUACCUAGUUGUGAUGACCGGCGAAGGUGUUCCAUCCGAUCCCUGGAACGUCACGGUCACGCAGAAGAACGGUACCCGCGUAGAAGUGUCCUGGCGUCCACCCGUUCAUCCGAAUGGCCUCAUCCUUGACUACAUAGGCUAUAUUACGCCGCCCAUACCGCCAUUAGAGUUUACGCGGCAGAAGACCUCGGCGAUAAUUGACAUGCCAUUUGAGGCGGGCAAGAAUUACUCCUUCUGGGUCGUCGCGAGGAACCGGCAGUACCAAUCGGCCUCAUCCAAGGUCGCUACGUUGAUGUUCGACGGCUCGGCCAACAUCGACGACAUCGAAGAUCUACGAGUAGUCGCGACCAGCAAUCAUUCUGUCACCUUGGCGUGGAAGAAGAUGAAGGACGUGGACGGGUAUCACAUCACGCCGCGGGCACCGCCAGCCUAUCCCACUAUGCAGACCAUCUCGACCUUGGAGAAUCAGAUGGAGGUGAAGAACCUGUCGCCGGGCACCAAGUACACAUUCGAGGUUGGCGCGAUGAAGAAGACGUACGUCGGCAAGGUCGUCAUGAUAACGGCCACGACAAACGGCACCGCGUUGCCAACGAUUAUGAAGCUGGACGCACAGCUGGGUAAAUUGCAGAGGACGACCGUCAAACUCACUUGGGAUCCGCCCAAGAGCACCAGGAAGAUCAAAUGGCAGUACGCUAUUUAUUAUGCCACCAACAUGCCGGAGUUCUUUAAAGCUCACAAGAUGGUGACCACCAAUCUCACAGCUACGAUCAAGGAUCUGGAGGCAUGCGAGUCGUACGUCUUCGCCGUUGGUGUUAUCGGCGAUUACGGUACGGGACCGUUGAGUCAACCAACCACGGUCACGACACACUUCAACAAGCGUGCGCCUCCGAAGAGAUUGCGCGUAACAGCGCCGCCGGAGAAGGACGACAAGAUCAUCGUCUCGUGGAGCGCGAGUUGCCCAACGAUCGAUGAACCGAUUAGUUACACGAUUACCGUUACGGAAAUGGUGCUCAACAAAGAGAUUGUCGUGACACUGACGCCGACCAAUGAUACUAUCAUGAAGCACACAUUCCACUCCAUCAAAUACGGCGGGAAGUAUAGUAUUACGAUAGCUACCGAUGUCGAAAAUGCGAUACCAACGCAACCGUUUAUCUACGAAGCGCCGGCUAUCAAACCGCCCCAUCAGUUGGCCGUCUUGUAUGAUAACAUAGGGUACUACAUCUUCUGGCAGAAUCAAGAUCUGCCGGAGAGCGUGAAGAAUGGCAAUCUGCACUAUGAAAUUUUGGUCACCGAAGGCUCGAAGACGAUAAACGAGUCGACUGCGAAAGUCCUGUGGGCCGCGAAACCACCUUACACUUACAAGGACGUGAAAACGGACACCAUAUACACCUUCGCCGUUCGUCUCGUCACAGACGAGGGAUAUCAAAGCCCGUUGAGCGAAACUUGGAGCACACGGAUCGCAGCAGGAACACAGUUGCCAGUGAUAAUGAACACGUCAAGCAUACUGUCCCUCGUGAUACCGAUCUGUUUGAUCGUCAUCGCGCUCGGUACAGCUCUGGCAUAUUUCAUCGUUCGACAUAGGAGACUGUCUAAUAGCUUUACGCAAUUUGCCAAUAGUCAUUACGAUACGAGACGGGGACAAGCUACUUUCCCAGGCACAACGGACGGUUUAGAGGAGGAGGACAGUCCUGUGAUUCGAGGUUUUUCAGACGACGAGCCGCUAGUAAUCGCAUGAGAAACGUUCACGCGAACCGGAUAUCCACACGCGAGGGAGGAAAACGUGUGCCAAGACACAUAAUUAAUACGCUAAUUCUGGAUAUAGUGAAGAUGUUACGAUGGCGGAGAAAAGCUUUCGUGAAAGCGUCUUAAGACUGAAUCAUUGUUAGCGCAGCGUCGGUGGUAGCUAAGCAGGAAAGCGCAUAUCGAUGAACAAGCUGCUCCGAGUGCUUGCACGAGAGCUUCUCGCGCCAGUCACACACUAUAGAGAAACACGAUAUACAUGUACAUCACGAAA